AUGUACCAACAAAUAAAUCCUCAAAUUCAACCUCACUUUUAUGGUCAAUAACCUAAUCAUAACUAUCCUUAAUUGCAGACUCCUCAACAUCCACAAUAAGGAUACUAAUCUAUUGAAAUGUAGACGACUGCUCCUAUUUAGCUUUAAUAGCAGUUUGUCCCUCAAAAUGCCUAAUUGUUGCAAUAGGGUUAAUAAAUAGUUUAAGGUGCUUAAAGUCCUGUUUAUGUAGUUCACCCAUAACCUAUUUAUUACUUCCCUAUUUUAAAACAGUUAAAUGAAGUAAUUGGCAGUUUUAGUGUCUCUAUGAUGGUUAACAUCAGCUGCUAUUUAGCUGCUUUUGCCAUCUUUAUCACAUAUGUCGUAGCUUGCUCUUUAGGUCACCAACAGUGGUUCCCAUGCAUGAUCACUUCUGCUGGUACAGAUUAUCCUGAAAAUAUAUUCUUUAGAAUCGGUUUGCUUACUAAUAUUUUCUACUGGUUAAUAAUGCUUGUUUUUUAAUACUGGUGGUUGAGAGCUUAGUCUGAAGCCAUGAUGGGUGUUGUUAAUGUGAGCAAAAAAAUGAAUUAUUUUGCUUUUGUUGGAUUCUUUUUCUAUGGCCUCACAAUUGCUACUAUUGAUGAUGGACACAUUCCUACUUAAUUCCAUGGUGCUUGUGCAGUCAUAUUCUUCAUUUUCCUUUGUGUUUAUACCCAAUUAAACUUCAAUACUUGCUAAUAACUUAGAAAAUUAAACCCUGCUUUCAUGUCUAAUAGCAGCUACAACAGAAAAAAAUUUUUUGCUAAAGCUUGGUAUGUCGUCUUCUUCUUUAUCAUUCUCUUAGCUUUAAAAUAGAAAUGGGCUCUUGCAGUUGCUGAAUGGAUUGGAACCUACUCUAUUAUUUUCUAUCUUUAAACAUUUGCUACUGAUUUGAAGGAUUUCACAGUUAGUGUUGAUGACUAAUAAUUUAAAACAUAAGAUUUAAGAGUUGAACUUGCUAGAAACUUAGAAGAAAAGCAAUUAAAUGAAUAAGAACCCUCUUCAUAAAACGCUGUUUUACAAGCUACUAAUCCUUAAAUCUAGAAUGUUGUUCCUCAAUUAAUUUAAGGAAAUCAAACUCAACACAUUCAAUAAUUCCCCAUAGUUUAACUAAGCAACGGUUAAUAAUAAAAUAUCAAUCAAGCACCCAUGCAAAACUCAACUGAAUCUUACUUGUAAAAUCACCAAGUACACAGUUAAGUCUGUGCUUAAGCUCACUUCCACUCUGCAAGAUUAAAUCAUGUGAAUCUUUCUGAAUCUAUCUCUAAAGCUGACAACAGCUUCAUGUCUAUUAAGAAGCCUUUCAUAAACAUUAAUGGAUAAAAUUGA